AUGUGGUUAAACCAAGAUAAAGCAAGAACAUUUCGACCUCAAAAGUUAAGGCCCAAAUCUGAUCCCGAACCCGAACAGCAACGAAAGAAUAUCCCACCUUCCUUCCUCGAGAUAAUAGGUACAAUAUCAGCAGAACCCGUUCUAAGCACCGACGACAAUCCCAUCCCCCUAGAUAAAAUGGCAAUGAACCAAUAUGCGCAGCAGGAGAAGACAAAAGGGAAUAGCAUCGGAGCGAAGAACGCAUAUGACGAUGCGUCAAGAACCAAAGCUGCCGUUUUGCCUUCCCUGCUGGGUUUCUUGAUACAUAUUUAUCUUUGGAGUUUUCCCUCUCAAAGGAGGAAUUGA